AUGUCGGUGCCAGUAGUAGUCAGAGUUACGAAACUCUCACUCACCUGGAAUAGAGUUGGGCUUCCAGAAAAGCCGAGCUUUUUUUCUCAUGCAGCCGACGGGAAGAGAGGUAGGUAUCUCUAUGGACCGUCUUUUCCACCUCAUCCUCUUCUUUGGUCUGUCCAUGUUUCCACAAUCCCUGAAGGGGUGGGAUUGAUUCUGGUCCCAUCGUGUGUCACCCUAUUUCAUCAUCUAUCAAACGCCAAACGAGGGGGAUCGGCCGGCCAACCACCAACGGAUAAGAUUGUUUUAACAUACGGGGACGGGAUGGAAGGUGGGAAGAGUAGAUAA